AUGUCACUGAAUUUUGACCGAGGGACCAAGCUCCGGUCACUCAAACUCAAUAGCAAUAAUUUAGAAGGGAAGCUGCCAAAAUCAUUAGCAAAUUGUUCCAGGCUAGAGCUUUUGGACCUUGGCAACAAUAUGAUAUGUGAUAGGUUCCCUUCUUGGUUGAAGAAAUUGCCCGCAUUGAGAGUUUUUGUAUUGAGAAAAAAUAAAUUCUACGGUCCAAUAGUUGAUCAUACUUCAGAUGCAAAAAUCUUCCCAGUGUUGCAAACAAUGAACCUUGCUUCGAACAAGUUUUCGGAGGAACUGUCUAUUGAAUUCUUCCUAUCUCUGAGGGCAACGAUGGUGACUAAUGCAAGUGAUGGCAGCCAAAAUAUAUUCUUCUGUGGGAAAAUUCCUGAAGGGAUCAGAAAUCUCAAAGCACUAAUAGUGCUAAACUUGUCUCGAAAAGGAUUCAUGGGCCGAAUCCCAUCACUUGGAAGCUUGACUGAACUGGAGUCAUUAGACCUCUCACGGAACAAACUCUCAGGAAAUUCCUCCUCAAUUGACGAGCCGGAAUUUUCUUGA